AAUGAUGCCGCGAAAAACGGCUGGGUCUGGCAUUUCCUUCCCAGCAUUUUAGUCGCCCCAGAGGGGUGAGGCUAUUUUCCGUGGAACCUUGGGUUGCCAGUCGGGGCAUACCUUUCUCCGCCCAGCGCAGCACAGCACCGCUCCACCGCUCGCAGCACCGUCGUUCGACCGCUCGCAGCGUCGCCUGGAGGCAUCGUUCGUGCUGUUGGGUUAUUCGCUAACGGCUCACUUCGCUCAGCUCUUCAUCUUCAGGGCUCCGACUGUUAAUGACCAUUCUUGCCUCAUCCCUUCCAUAGGUUGAAGUGUCGAACUGUGUACACAGGAGGGGUUUGGGAGUACCGCAGAAGGUAGGUAGGAUACGGCUGUGGCGGACCAGUUAGCUGUUGCAUGCCAUCAAAUGUCUAACAUUAUUAUCUUGUUUGAAAUUCUCUAUGUACCAGUUUUUUUUGUUUUUUUUCCACCAUUCUGCUUUUAUGCCGUCAAGCACUAGAAAAAAGUCUAUGUCAAUGUCAUUAUUAUUCCAAAAAUUCAAACACAGGAUGAAUUUGGAAAGAGGAAAAGAACCCUCCUCCUCCUAAUUUCAGGAAAACAGUCCUACGAUUCUAAUCCCAGGAUGAUUUUCUGGAGCCAUCCAAACACUACCUGAGAGAUAGAGCGAGACAAUGGAAUAUGGUCGGAGGCCAACCUGUUCCUCGCUAGGAGGCAAACUAGAGCCAGAAAACCGUGGAUGGAGAAAAUCCAUCUUAAAGAUCGGCCAGGUAUAUGGCGAUCGAUUUCUCUCUUGUUAUGUUCUCUGUGCUGGCAAAGUUGAUUCAAUAGUCUUUUCCACUUCCUCAGUCUUGUAGCUUGUACUUGGUUGCAUUCAAUUUCGUGUUUCUUUGAGUUCCAAGAAAGACAGCAACAAGAAAACAUUCUGUGUUUCUUUGUUUGGCACGGUUGGCCUGUUGAUCUCUUCUCCAUAUAGUGUUUGAAUCACCUGUUUCGUCCUUAGUAUCUUUUUAUUUUCUUUCGAGUGGCUUGAAUAGUAGGGUUUCCAUUUUGCUUUUCUUUUUGAAGGAAAAUUCCUAUGGUUGUUCUAUCCUCAUCAUUCAUUUGCAAAUAGGAUAGAGAUAGUGAUUGCUUGUUUAUCCCUUCUUGUUUUAUGUACUACCCAUUCUUCUAUUGUUGUAGAGUCGCAUUAGGUCGCAUGCUUCCUAUCAACUUAGGGAUUGACAAUGGUAAUGUGGGUACUGAUGGUUGCUCUAGGUUUAGGCUUCUUGUAUUUUGGCGUUGAAAAAGUUUUUUGCAAGACGAUAGACAUUUAACAUCUGGGAUUCUGGCAGCUCACUGCUGUUCGGCACCAUUGGAAAGUGAUAUCAGAACAAUAGCACAUAAAUAAAACUCACCAAUUACAGCAAAACAUGGGACCUUGGACAUUAUUUUGGCAGGUACCUCAACCCACUAUUCUGUGGUUGAGAACUGAAAUGCCGCAAGUAGCACCAGCUAAGUUUUGGAGGUGGUUGACCUUAUGGUUAUCCUCCUAGUGAAGCCGGAGUCAACCAGGGGUUAGUCACAUCUCUAUCAAAAUAUGCCAAAAAGCACUUGGAGCAUUGAAACUUCGUGCUCCUCCGAUUUGAAAGUCUUAACCAGCAGACCAGGUGAACUGGGAAUUCAUGUUGGCAAUUGAGUGGGCUUCUCCAUGAACACCGAAAGGCUGUCCCUUCUGCUAACAAAUUGCAUCUCUAAGAAGUCAUUGCGACAUGGUAAGCUACUCCAUAAGCACAUAAUAUCAAGCGGUUUACAGCAAGACAUAUCCCUCUGCAAGAAGCUCAUAAACUUCUACAUUUCUUUAGAUUGUCUUCAAUCUGCAAGGCUAGUUUUCAAGAACAUAGAAUGCCCACUUGAUAUUGCACUGUGGAACAGCUUGUUGGCUGCCUAUUCUAGAAACCAUUUGUACAGAGAAACUCAAUUGCUGUUUGAGGAACUACGGAGUUUCUCAUGUGUUAAACCUGAUGGUUAUACAGUUCCUAGCGUUCUCAAGGCAUUUGGGGCCCUCAGGUGUGUUCAAGAUGGAAGGAAACUUCAUGGUUGGGUAAUCAAAGGUGGGUUUGGGGAUAUUGUUGUUGCUAGUGCUUUAGUGGGAAUGUAUGCCAAAUGCAGCCUUUUCCUUGAAGCUUGCCAUGUGUUUGAUGAAAUGCCUGUGAAAGAUGUUGCUUCAUGGAACACUGUGAUGUCUUGCUACUAUCAAGAUGGGCAGUACCAUAAGGCUGUUGAUUUGUUUGAUAAGAUGCAAGCAGCUGGUUUCAUGCCUGAUUCUGUAACAUACACAACAUUUUUUUCCUCAUGUGCACGUCUUUCAGCAUUGGAGAAAGGAAGAAUGGUUCAUGAGAGCUUGAUCAGGAGUGGUUAUGAAAUGGAUGUGUUUGUGAAUUCAUCACUUGUGGACAUGUAUGCAAGGUGUGGUUCGUUGGUGAUGGCACGGAAGAUAUUUGAUUUAGUACCCAACAAGACUGCUGUUACAUGGAAUUCAAUGAUAUCUGGAUAUGCCAUUACUGGGGAUUUCAUUUCUUCUGUUCACCUCUUUCUGAACAUGAAUGCAGAAGGGGUAAAACCCACUUCAACAACACUCUGUAUUUUGUUGUCCUUGUGCUCAAAGCUUGGUAAUUUACAAUUUGGAAAGUUUAUGCAUGGGUACAUCAUUAGAAACAAAGUAGAAACAGAUAUUUUUACUGAUACUGCUUUGCUUGAUCUGUAUCUUAGAUGUGGGGCUCUGCAAUACGCUGAGGAUAUCUUUGAGACAAUUACAAAGAUGAACUGUGUUUCAUGGAAUGUUAUGAUCUCUGGACUUGUAUCGCGAGGAUGUUAUGAUGAAGCUUUAAAAAUUUUCAAUGAUAUGAGAAAUAGUGGUGUCAAACCAGAUGCCAUUACUUUUGCAAGUACCCUACAGGCAUGUUCACAGUUAUCGGCUCUGCAACUUGGUAAAGAAAUGCACCAGUAUAUAGUGGAAAACAAGCUUGAAAUAGAGGAAAUUGUAGCAGCUGCCCUUGUUAACAUGUAUGCAAAAUGUGGUGCAGUGGAUGACGCACGCAAUGUUUUUGAUCGGAUGUCAAAGCGGGACAUUGUUUCAUGGACAACCAUGAUCACAGCCUACGGCUCCCAUGGAAAUACGUUGGAAGCUAUAUACCUCUUCCAGCAAAUGGAGAAGUCUGAGACCAAACCAGAUGGAGUUGCCUUUCUUGCACUUCUUUCUGCUUGUAGUCAUGGUGGACUAGUCGACGAAGGUCAUCAUUAUUUUGAUCAAAUGAGAGUUUGCUAUGGCAUUGAUCCUACUCUUGAACACUAUUCUUGUGUAAUUGAUCUGCUUGGACGUGCAGGGAGAGUCCAUGAAGCUUAUGACAUCUUGAGACAUAUGCCCAUUAAGGCAGAUGUUGGUUUGCUUGGAGCUUUGUUUUCUGCUUGUAGUCAACAUGGGAAAGUAGAGCUGGGUGAGAAGGUGGCAGAGCUUCUGCUUGAGAAGGAUCCUGAUGAUGCCUCUACAUACAUAGUUCUGUCAAAUCUGUAUGCUGCAGCAGGGAAAUGGGAGAAUGUCAGGAAGGUCCGGUGGAAAAUGAGAGAAAGGGGAUUAAGGAAAAGUCCAGGGUGCAGUUGGAUUGAAGUCGACAAGAGGACACACACGUUCUUUGUUGAAGACAAAUCACAUCCGCAAGCAGAAACUAUAUAUGAGACUUUAGACAGCCUUCUGCUCCAGAUGAAAAGAGAAGGCUAUGCUCCAAAGAGUCCAAACACUACUUAUCCAUAGGUAGGUUUGGAUAAUGAGGCAAGCUAUGUCACACAGUGGAAGAUGACUGAGGAUUAGAAAUCAGACGGUCAUCAGCAUAUGUACACCAUCCUAGGAUUAUAAGUUCAGCAGCACAUACAAAUGUAAAUCUUGUGAUUGAAAUUCUUAGAGAAUCAUCGUAAUACAAAUUCUUUGAAUCCUUGGUCAGCA